AUGAGUUUAAACGAGGAACCUGGAAGGAAGUAGCCAAAAAUUGUUGAGGUUAAGUUUGAAUCCGAAGAAUUACGUAAGGACUUUAUAAGAAAUACUGAAAAGGAUUAAAAAUAUUCAGAAUUUAUUUAAGAAAAGUUUAAAUAAUAUGCAUUACCUGAAAGUUAGAAGUUAGAAGAUUUGAAGAUUUAUCAUAUUGAUAUGGAUAUUGAGGAAUCGAAUAAAUUAUAACGUAAGAACUUUGUAAAAUCAAAAAGUGAUGUUGAGAUUUAGAGGUAAAAUGAGAAACCUUAAUAUCAAAUGAAUGAGGAAUUCAAACAAAUUUAAACAAGAACUAAUUCAAUAAUAAUAAAAGAAAUUGUAAAUUAAAGUUCUCAACGGGACAAUAUCGAAAUAAAAAUUCAUCAAAAUAUAAAAGAAUAAGGCGAAAAUGAAUAAUAAUAUAUUACUAUAAAUAUCAGUUUAUCCUCUCCUAAUAAAGGAGUGCAAUAGCAAUCAUCAGAAUAGCAUGAGAUAAUAGAAUAAUCAAGUUAGUAAUCUUCUAUUUAAUUGACACAAAAUGAAAAUGCUGAGAGGUAUAAUAGGUAUGAUGAGAUUAGAGAUAAUGAAGGCAAUAUAAAAAUGCAGUUAAAAAGAUUUGAGUUAAUAAUAUUUGAGAAUGGUGUUCGAAAAUAAUAGAAAAAAAAUGAAAAUGUUGAAAAAGAUUAUUAAUUCUCUGUGAAUAUUGAAAAUCGAAAAUUUGGUAUGGAAAAACCAAUCUCCUCAUUUAUUAUUUAUAAUUAAUAGAUUGGAAUAAAUGAUAGAAACAUACUACUAAAAUCAGAUAGUUUUGUAACAAGUUCAAUAAUUAAUGCUUAUGCAAGUUACCUUUAAGCUAGGGAUGAAAACUAUUAUUUUUCACUUAAUAAGAAUGAAAGAAUAAAGCAUAAAAGAUUAUUUAUAUUUAAAUCAGAUUUUCUAACUAAUUGUAAUUUAAAUGAAAGGACAGCCUCCUUUGACAAGAAAGUAAAAUAUUUAAUAAUGGAGUAUUUUUAAGACUUUAAAGUAAUUUAGUAUUAAUUUUGGCUAAUUUACAAAAAAAUAGCUUUUAUUGUUAAUUCAAAUAAUAUUCAUUGGUAUUUAGCGGUUUUGGACUUUUAAGAUGGAAUUUUGAAAAUUUAUGACUCCCAGCCUAAACAGCAAUCUUACUACAAUCAACUUAAUACUUUAUUGUCAUAAUAAUUUUCAUACUUAUCCAAAUAAGAAAUUAAAUUUACAACCGUUGUUUGCCCUACCUGGGUUAGAUAGCAAGAUCAUUAUUCGUGUGGCUAUCAUACUUGUAUAGCUCUAGAAUAUCUGAGUUAAUAUACAGCACAAAAUUAAUUAUUAACUUUAGAAGAAAUUAAAAAAAUCUUAAGAAAAUUACUGAUAGUUGAAGAAAUCUAAAAAAAUCAACAGUGA